ACUUUUUUGAGUACUUUAUUAAUCAGGGAUUGACAUAUGGCUCAGUCAUAAGGAACAGUACCGAUGGUAUAACGUUGACUAUCAGAUCGGAGUAUUGAUAUCGAGAUCUUCUUUAAGUUUUGUUAAAAUCAAACCGAUUUAUAUUCUGGCGAUUCUUCAGUCAAUCAACGCAUUGAUUGUAUUGUCACAGAUUUGGUUACGAUUUCUGCCAAACAUAUGGUUUAUGUUAUCUCUGGUUCUAUUCGAGGGUCUGUUAGGCGGAGCCGCUUAUGUCAACACAUUUCACAGGAUAUACACCGAAGUCAACCAUAAGUACAAAGAGUUUGCUCUCAGUAUCACUACUCUAAGCGAUUCCAUUGGUAUUACAAUCGCUGGCUUUUCAGCACUUCCAGUCCACGACUCCAUCUGCAAACACAUUCAUUUUUGAACCAUU